AUGUCGGAGCCAGAAGAGUCAUCAUUACAUGAGUUGACUCUGAAGGAUGAUGAAGUGAAUUUGCUAAAGGCGAAGUUGGAGGACAAAGAAAAUGACCUGGAAGUAUUUCGCUUAGAAAAUGUGGGCUUAAAGAAUCAGCUAAAUGAAAAGUUAACUGGAAAGGAGCAAAAGCAGUCUGUCCAGUUAAAUGAGAAAUUAGAAGUUGCUGAAAAUGCAAAGGAGGAAUUAGAAACUGAAAUGCAGAAGCUUCAGGUAAUAACAGAGCAAUGGCGAAAGGCAGCUGAUACUGCAGCAUCGGUUCUAGCUGGUGAUGUGGGGAUGAAUGGCAGAAGAAUUUCUAAGCGGUGUGGAUCCAUGGAUACACACACUGGCAUUGUCUCCAAACCGGUAGAUUUGGAUUCACAAGUAUUAAUUGAUGAUCCAGACGAUGUUAUUGGUGGUGGAAAGGGGAAAGGUUCUGGGUUGAGAAUUGGGGACCUGUGGAAAAAGAAGGUCUUUAUACUUGCACGAGGUGUGGACUUUGAUCAUGUGGUUAUUAAUAUGUUCAAAGUGUUACUUCCACAUUCAGUUAAAAGUUAUAAAAGUAGUUCCAAAGAUGAAACCAUCUAUUAG